AUGAAAGGUGUGCCCGUCCUGGUAAUACCAUUAAUUCGAGAUCAGUUCUAUAAUGCCAGAGUGAUCGAGUAUCGUGGAUUGGGAUUGUACAUUCGGAAAACUGAUCUGCACAAUUAUGGCACUAUCAGAUCAACACUUCAUAAAUUAUUGGGCACCAAAAGGUUUUCGCAAAAUGCGAAACGUUUCUCAGCAAUGUUGAAUAACAGAGCGAAGCGAUCUCGUGAUCUACUUCUCCACUGGACUGAUCUCAUCGCUGAAUUCGGUUCAUUACCCGAAUUGAAGCCUUACGGUGGUAAUUACCGAACUGUGAAGUAUUUUACCAUUGAUGUGAUCAUCACUUGUCUCUUAUCAGUGAUUGCUUCAUUGAUCUUCAAAUUUUCGCUCGUAUUUGUCUUGUAUCGUUUGACGAAGAAACUGCAGUUGACUGCAGUUGAUUUGCUAUCAUCUCAAAAGCGAAAGAAGACUGUGUGA